AACAAAUGCGAAUAAAUGGGAUAUUUGCAAAGGGAUUUUGUGACGCGAUGGGAGGAGUUUGUACUGCCAGGCCCAGGCAAAGUUUCGCCUUUGCGCGUGUUUGGUCCGCCACGCACGCCACGCCUCUGUCAGUACGUGCACGGCGCUCUCUCAUUUCACAGCAAACUCCAACUCGGCAAUUCCGCCUUCGCUGUCAAAUUUGUUGUUUUGCAUCUUGUUCUCGGCGAGCGGGCUCUUUUUUUUAUUUUUAUUAUUCUUCAAGACGCGAUCGUGGGGCAAGCCAGAGGCGGCAGAGCAGCAAAGCCGUCACAAGGUGUGGCUGGAGCCGCCGCCAUCAUUGCGUCGGAGUGGAGUUGCCGUAGCAGCCCUGACGGGGCGCAGGAGGAGGGCGGCGGCAGCGGCGAUGGAGAUGGACUUGGCGACGGGGCGGACCGGGGAUUGGACGGGGACCCUGAAGGGGUGUGGAGUCCUGACAUUGAGCAGAGCUUUCAGGAAGCGCUGGCCAUCUACCCUCCCUGCGGCAGGAGGAAGAUUAUACUUUCAGAUGAGGGCAAGAUGUACGGUCGAAAUGAGCUGAUCGCUCGCUAUAUUAAGCUACGGACAGGAAAGACACGCACACGCAAACAGGUGUCUAGUCACAUUCAGGUUCUGGCCCGCAAGAGGGUGCGUGAAUACCAGGCGAGCAUCAAGGUGGGCGCUCGCCGGAUAAACGUCAUCCCUCUGAGCUUAUCUUCUUUUUCUCUUUCUCUCCAUCCUGUCCUCUUUGCCGCCUUCCUCUACCUCCGCGUGCGCCGUCAGGUCUCUAGUCACCUGCAAGUCUUGGCCAAACGAAAGUCUCGUGAGAUUCACUCUAAGCUGAAGGCCAUGAACUUGGACCAGGUUUCCAAAGACAAAGCACUACAGACAGUGGCCAACCUCUCAUCAGCUCAGAUUGUGUCUGCAAGUGUGAUGAAAAGCCAAGCUUCUUUCCCUCCGCCAGUCAGGUUUUGGCCCGGCCACGUGCCAGGACAGCCUGGACAUUCUCAGGACAUCAAGCCCUUUGCACAGCCUCCUUACACAACACUAGCAGCUCCUGUUCCUCCACCCAUCAGCUACGAGUCCCUGCCUCCCCCUCGCCCGGCAGCCAUCGCGGCGGCGCCUGUGUGGCAGGACCGAACCAUUGCCUCAGCAAAACUACGGCUUCUGGAGUACUCUGCUUUUAUGGAGACGCAGAAAGAUAGAGAGAUGUAUAAGCAUCUGUUUGUGCACAUCGGCCCAUCCAACCCCAGCUACAGCGACCCCGUGCUGGAGUCCAUAGACGUCAGGCAGAUUUACGACAAGUUCUCCGAGAAGAAAGGAGGCCUGAAGGAGCUAUACGAGAAAGGGCCCCACAAUGCUUUCUUUCUUGUCAAGUUCUGGGCAGAUCUGAGCAGCGAUCUUGAAGAAGGUUCCGGUGCCUUCUACGGCGUGAGUAGCCAGUACAGCGGUACGGAGAAUAUCACAAUCAGCGUCUCGACAAAGGUCUGCUCCUUCGGCAAGCAGGUGGUGGAAAAAGUCGAGACGGAGUACGCGCAUACGGAAGGCGGGAAGCACGUGUUCCGUAUCCAUCGCUCACCUAUGUGUGAAUAUAUGAUCAACUUCAUCCACAAACUCAAACAUCUACCGGAGAAAUAUAUGAUGAAUAGCGUGUUGGAGAACUUCACCAUACUACAGGUGGUGUCCAACAGAGAAACUCAAGAGACUCUGUUGUGUAUCGCUUUUGUGUUUGAAGUGUCCACCAGUGAACACGGCGCACAGUACCACGUUUACCGCCUCGUUAACGACUAGCUCCAACGGACACGCCAAGACUGUCCCGACUUACAGUCGGCCAUUUUCUCCGACAGAUUGACACGCCGGCAGCGUUUUGCCUCACCAGCACAGGCCAUAUUUGAAACACUAAAGUCCAAACAACGUGUGAUGCUUUUGGGAGUGUAAAUAAUCGGUUCAUGUUCUGUUGUUCAUGAUAAUCACUUUCACUACUUUUCAGUGUUUUUAAUCCGAAGAGUAAUAUUGCUUCCGGAAGCAAAAAAUGAAUGCAUUUGUUCCCAGCAAAAGUUGACAGCGAGGACUUUGAAUAUGCAGUAGAUAAGUCUACACACCCUUUUGCAAAUAUUUCAAGAGGAGGACUGGAAUAACCGAUCGUGUGGUUGCACAAGUGUGCACACCCUCAUGUCACUGGCAUUUGGCAAUGUUCCAAAUGAACCAAUAGCGGCGGGCUCGGGACGGGAUGUAUUUUGUGAACUCGCAAAUGCUGCGAGGAUUCACCUUGCAGGCAAGAUCGAGUGUGUAUUAAGAUGUAGCUGGACUCAUGUUUUUUUUUUUGUAAGAUAAGGCUUAAUGGUCACAUUUAACGGGAAGAAAUAAUUGAUCACAGUCUUUAUUUUAAUCACAAAAGCUAUCAAUUUGAACAGGGGUGUGUAGACUUUAUAUAUCCACUGCCAAAUGAUUUUGUGUGUUCUGUUUCGUCACUAUUAUUGUAUCUACCACAAUAACCGACUCCAGCUGUCCCGUGUGUAACGGCAGCGUUUCCCGAAUCACAAUGGCAAUUCAUACCUUGAAGGAAGCAAAGUGUGACAAGAACAAAUCAAAUCUUAGUGUUAACCAACGCUUGAUGACAAUUGCCUGAACUGUUUAUUUGCCUUUGCUGCAUUCUUUCUACCUCCGUGUGAGUUGGGAUUCAAAUGUGCUUUCAUAAAGCCCUGACCUAAGGAGCACUGACGUAUAGGACGUGUACACUACAUUUUUAAUGGUACGUUUUAUAAGCCAAAAUUAGCUCAAUAUACUCUUGUUUUUAUUUUUGUAAAAGCAGAUGUUUUUACCAGCACAGCUACCGCUAAUACUCUAAAAAAAAAUAUAUCUAUUUUUUGCAGCCCCGGUUCUCUGAACUGACACUUGUUUAGCUCCGUGGAAUGUUCUUAACUCUGUGCACGUUAUUUAGCAACACUCGUUAGUUGAUCUGUCAUCCCCUCAUUUACUAGCAGAAUUAUACGUCAUGCGGACGUGUGUUUUUGUUUUCACGUCACGAAAGUUUGAGCCAACAUGUUCAUAAUCGCGUUUGUUGCGUGGAGGCCCAUUCCGCCAUUUGGCUCAUAUUCAUUCUCCAGUCUAUGUAUACGCAUAUGUUGAAUAUGUGCCUUUUAGGUUAUGCCAAUAAAAUCUCUCACGGUGUUUGCAGGA